ACCUGUCUCUUUUAGUCUGGUCACCUGUCUCUCGUUUUACCUUCGUUAUCUCCCUAUUUAAGUUCCUCUUGCCCUACUGUUUGUUGUCUGUCAUUGUUUCUGUGUGUGCAAUCUUGUGUCGUGAUUAAGGAAGUAAUUUAAUUAAAUUACCUUUUUUCAAGAACCUGUAUGUUCUGAUACAGCUGCAUGUUACAGACACUGUUGUUUACCCAGCUAAAUUCAGCUAAAUAUACAUUUAUUUUACUCAAUUGUUGAUAUAUUACAAGUUUGAUUUCUAAACAUGAUGCUGUCCAGAAGCAGGAAAACUUGGUCUUAAAGUCAAUUAUUAUCUAGGUGUACCACCUGACAUUACGUAUCGGCAUACCAAUGGCUCUGCUGGAGAGGCCAGCUGUGGGUGUGAGCUGCCAGUGAAUAUUCUGACACUAGAACCUUGUGCUACGACAAAGCUUCUGAUUGUCUACACUGACAUUCAUGUUUUGGUCAACUAUCAGAUCUCUCAUCCAGAAUAGAUUACAACUGGUACAUUAAACUACGGAAACAGUAGAGGAUGGUUAACGGGAGCAACACAGACGUCUCUCACCUACCUGCAUCCUACAGACACGCCUUGCUGUCCUUGUACACGACUGUGCUUAUUGGAGGAGUCCUCAGCAUGUCCCUCAUGAUCCGAAUGUUAAAGUCCAACGUCUGCUCUGUGACCGCCACAGCCGCCCUGAACCUCAUCGCGGUCCACAUCCUCUUCCUCCUGACCGUGCCAUUCCGUAUAUACUACUACGCGGCGGACAGUUGGGACCUGGGACAGAAAUUCUGUAAGGUGGUCAGUGCCAUGAUUCACGCCCACAUGUACCUGACCUUUGUCUUCUACUCGAUCAUCCUGGUGUACCGCCAUCUGACUUCCUUCAGGCCCAGGCAGGUGGAGUCCAUCUACAGGCGCCUCCAUCCUCUGUGGGCUAGUGCUGCCGUGUGGGGCCUUGUGCUUACGGUUGUCAUCCCCGUCAUGGUUUUCAACUAUGGGUCACUGGACCACAGCAACGCGACCACCGACAACCAGUGCUUACAUUUCGGCAACAUUUUUUCUAACCGCGAGAUUACCUAUGCUGCGCUGAACUACACCUUUAGCGCGCUCAUCAUCAUCGUUACGUUGGCCCUGGCCGUUUGCCAGUUGUGGAUUUUGGGGAGGGUGUAUAGAUCUCACAAGGGGAUGAUAGUCGGUCAGCAGGAGUUUUUGGCUCAGAUUAAAAGUAUUUACUUCAUGUUGGUCAUCAUUGUAUGCUUUGUUCCAUACAACACAUUCCGGUUUUACUACGUGAGUAAUUAUAAUGAGGAUCUCGAGGCGAAGAAUGAGAUUGCGCUGGCUUUUACAACGUUCUGCUGCUUUGACAUGCUGAUUUUAAUAGGGAAGGAGUCGUUCAGACCCUGUGAUUCAAUAUGUUGUGUUUAAUGACCCAAACUGUUUCAUGUGUAGGGGACCUAAAGACAAUGUGUAGCAUAAUAAUUGUAUUCCAUUUGCACCUUGAUACCAAAUUAUAAUAUUGUAAAAUCUUAUGUCAAACCAAGUGUCAGAGGCAAAAGUUACUUCUGAACAGUAUCCCUCCUUAGUAAUUUAUAGUGACACCCUAUAGAUCCAGUCAGAAAUACCAAGAUAACCAAUAGUGGAAGUGUUUAUUAAUAACUGAUGGAGAGUUCUGGAACAUGAUAUGAAGUUACAUACUCCCAAAAUUGGUAUAUACAAAGGAACAUGCUAAAAAG